AUGGCGUUAACUUAUAAAGAAAGACUAGAAUUCCUAGAAAGCUUGAAGAAGACACCUAUUGAUCUAGCAGUUGCGGAUAGAAUGGUGCUCUAUGCACGCGACAGAGCCCUGACGAGGCCCACUCUUCUAAGUCUUGUUAAAGAGCUCACGAAUCUUGAUGCUUACAUAAGUGUAAUGCAUGGAAUACUGACUCAGGAAGAAUGGGAAGAGGUUAUAUCUGAUUAUGACACGCCUAUAGAAGGGAGCCAUGCAAACCUCAGAGAGAAGAUUAAGAUGUUUCUGUUUGCAUACGAGAAUCUGUCUGAUGCUAUCCAUGACUUCAAGAUCGACGAAGUGCUCAAAGCUUUCGAGGUUUCAUUGCUUUCAAAGACUCGGAACAUACAAUUUCUUCUCUUCAGGCUUUGCUGCCGGAAUCCACAAGCUGUCUUUGGGUUCCUAUUCAAACUAACCUACAAAAACCCAACUGUGUACCUCCCCUAUCUAUCGUCCUUAAUUGUGAGAUGCAGAAUAGAUGAGGGGGUGAAAUCUGGGUACGUUCGAGAUUAUUUAUCAUAUAUCAGGUCUCUUAGCAGAUCUUCUUCGAUCCUAUAUGUUUCAGCAUGCCAGUGUCUUUUGUACAUUUCCUGUUUUAGAAGAGAGAUUUUUAUGGCAGCAAAAGAUGUUAUAGAUCAGAUCUUUGACUCUGGGAUAGCGAGGUAUAUGAAUAGAAACGUUGUUGAGAUGUUUUGCGAUCUGUUUGGUUAUGAAUGCAAAAUGUUUUCGAGUUAUGACCAUGACUGUUUAUAUUUUUUCCCUUUUGACCUGCCGAUACUAGAGAAGGUAGGAGAUGGUAUCCAUGAAUUCUAUAUUCAUUUCCGAAGGUAA